UCCACGCACUUCGCCUCGCGCCCGACUGCCCGACUGAUGCUGCGCUCGCUGCUGAUGCUGCUGCUGCUGCUCGUGGUGCCGCUGACGUGUGUGUGCGCGUUUGUGUGUGUUUUACCACCCUCUCAUUUGUGUGUCGUUUUAAUGUUAGGAAAUGUUGAUGAGCAAUUAUUAUUGUUUCAAUUAUAUAACGUUAUACAUUUAGCCAUUUAUUUGAAUAACAAUCAGCACUCCAUUGUUUCGUAUUUUAGAGAUAUAUAACUUUUAAACAUGACUACACGUGAACACGUUACCGAGUGGCGAAAAUAAACAACUUUACUCAGAUAACGGACGAUCAUAUCGUGUAUAUAUGUUUUGAGAUAAAUAAAUCAGUUCAUGGGGAAUGAGGGCGCAUAAACGUUUAAUUGAUGAAUAUAUGAAAACAAUGUUAAAAUUCAAUUUAAACAGACUGAUGUUAGUGAAAAGUUCCAACUGUUCGUACGUGAAAUCGUCUCGCGCCGCAAAGGCUCUCCUUACGGUAUAGCCGCGUGUCAGCUAAUGAAAAUUUCUACCAACCUAGUGGCGACAUCUGACGUCGUGUGAACUCUUUUUGUAUUGUAUUUAAAAACAAUUGCAGCAUUUUAAUAUAAUAAUAAUACUACUUACUACUACAUACUUGUACUACUACUAUUAAUAUUAUUGUAAAAAUAAUAAUAAUAUUAUUACUACUAUAAUAAUUAUUAUUAUUAUUAUCAUCGUUGUGGUGGAGUGUAUGUUGCGCGCGUAUUGUUGUGCAUAAUUUGAGAAAAACAACCAAAAGAAAAAAUAUGGCAGACACAGCUGUUGCAACCGAAGCCCCAGCACCGGCAACCCCGGCAAAGAAACCUACCGCGAAGGCGGCCGCUGCAGGCGCUGCCGCAAAGAAGCCCAAAGCUAAACCUACACAUCCGAAGACAUCAGAAAUGGUGAACAAUGCUAUAAAAGAGCUGAAGGAACGAAGCGGAUCAUCGUUGCAGGCAAUCAAGAAAUACAUCGCCGUCCAGUACAAAGUGGACGCUGAAAAAUUGGCACCUUUCAUUAGAAGAUAUUUGAAGAGCGCCGUCGAAUCGGGCACACUUAUACAAACAAAAGGCAAGGGCGCUUCUGGAUCUUUCAAACUUGAAUCAAAAUCUGCAGCGUCGAAAAAUCAAAAAUCAGCCGGCGGUGUCGGCGGCGGCAGCGGUGGCAGCGGUGGCAGCGGCGCAGGCGGUGGACCUGGAAGAAAAGCCGGAUCGAAGGGCAACACUGCGAGCGGCAGCUGCCGCGUCGGCCGGUGGUAAAUCU